UUUAGCCUCACUCUCGGUGUUUUCCAGAUGGGAUUGUUGUAUUCGCAGUCAUACUUUUUUGAGCAAUUUGUGGAUUUCCUCUAUCGCUCUGCCUGUCACGUUUCCCUUGUUCAUUCUGCUCCUUGUUGUUCUUCAGACUUGUUUGCCAGGGGGUGCUUCAGAACCACCCAUUGCAAUGGAGGUGGAGGUGAAGAUCAGGUUGGAUGAUGCCCUCGCGCACCAGAAAGUCGCGGCCCUGCUUGCCUCUAAUCACCAGGUCACUCACCUCCAGGAGAAUGUCUUCUUCGAUGGAGCGCAGCAAGAGCUCAGCUCCAAGCGUGCUGUGCUCCGUUUGCGAUUUUACAACGGCGAUCAGCGUUGCGUUGUUACGCUUAAGGGCAAGGCUGUCAUCAUCGACGGCAUUAGUCGUGGAUCCGAGGUUGAAGAGGACAUUGACGUUGCGCUAGCGAGAGCGUGCGUGGCUGAUCCAUCUCAAUUCAUAGGUUCUGAUUGCAAGCUGAUUCAGCAAAUCAUCCGCGAGUACAAGUGCGAAAUUUUUUUGUGCUUGGGUGGGUUUAGGAACGUGCGCAAUGUAUAUGACUGGGAAGGAGUGAAAUUGGAGUUGGAUGAAACGCAUUACGCGUUUGGGACCACAUAUGAGAUCGAGUGCGAGACCAACGAUCCCGAGAGAUUCAGGCAGCUGCUGGGAGAACUCCUGGACAAGAAUGGUAUCACCUAUCGUUAUUCCACAAUCUCCAAGUUCGGAAUCUUUAGGUCAGGUAAGAUUGACGCACUGCAUUAGAGACAUAGUAUAGGCUAUACACUCCAUGUGUUACAGGCUCCGUGACCUGCGAAGCUGUCGUUGGUUUCUUUAGACGCAAACCGGGCGUGUUUCUAGAUUCAGCUUUUAGUUGGAUGCAGUCUUGUCGUGAUUGUCUUUGAAAUAUAUUUAAUAAAGGUUCAUUCAUAAACCAUGCUUGCCAGGCAUGGAAUGUGCAGUUUGAAAAACA